GUCAUUUAUGCGCAGACGCGAGAUAUUGGGGAAAAGCUAACUUCGCUAGCCGAACAAGUGUUGGCAGCCUGGUCGACAGUUCUCUGACGUUGGGAUGGCCAUUUAAGGUGGAAAACACACUGUUGAAACACAUUUUAGUCUUCAGUGCAUGGACGCAAAGCCAAUGCGCAGGGCUACCAGCGCACGCCAGGACGCCACGGGAAUGGACAUCACCAGCCGCUGCACCCUGGGGGACCCCAACAAGCUCCCGGAGGGGGUCCCCCAGCCCGCACGCAUGCCCUACGUCUCGGACAAGCACCCGCGGCAGACCCUGGAGGUGAUCAACCUGCUGCGGAAGCACCGGGAGCUCUGCGACGUGGUGCUAGUGGUGGGCUCCAAGAAGAUCUACGCCCACCGGGUCAUCCUGUCCGCCUGCAGCCCCUACUUCAGGGCCAUGUUUACCGGAGAGCUGGCGGAGAGCCGGCAGACGGAGGUGGUGAUCCGAGACAUCGACGAGAGGGCCAUGGAGCUGCUCAUCGACUUCGCCUACACCUCGCAGGUGACGGUGGAGGAGGGCAACGUGCAGACCCUGCUGCCUGCCGCCUGCCUCCUCCAGCUGGCUGAGAUCCAGGAGGCCUGCUGUGAGUUCCUCAAGAGGCAGCUGGACCCCUCCAACUGCCUGGGCAUCCGGGCCUUCGCCGACACGCACUCCUGCCGGGAGCUGCUGCGCAUCGCAGACAAGUUCACCCAGCACAACUUCCAGGAGGUGAUGGAGAGCGAGGAGUUCAUGCUGCUGCCCGCCAACCAGUUGAUCGACAUAAUCUCCAGUGACGAGCUGAAUGUACGCAGCGAGGAGCAGGUGUUCAACGCUGUGAUGGCCUGGGUCAAAUACAGCAUCCAGGAGCGCCGACCCCAGCUGCCACAGGUGCUGCAGCACGUACGACUGCCCCUCCUCAGCCCCAAGUUCCUGGUGGGCACCGUGGGCUCGGACCCCCUCAUCAAGAGCGACGAGGAGUGCCGGGACCUGGUGGACGAGGCUAAAAACUACCUGCUGCUGCCCCAGGAGAGGCCCCUGAUGCAGGGCCCCCGGACCAGGCCCCGCAAACCCAUCCGCUGUGGGGAGGUGCUGUUCGCAGUGGGGGGCUGGUGCAGUGGCGACGCCAUCUCCAGUGUGGAGCGCUACGACCCCCAGACCAACGAGUGGCGCAUGGUGGCGUCGAUGAGCAAGCGCCGCUGCGGCGUGGGCGUCAGCGUGCUGGACGACCUGCUCUACGCCGUGGGCGGCCACGACGGCUCGUCCUACCUCAACUCUGUGGAGAGGUACGACCCCAAGACCAACCAGUGGAGCAGCGACGUGGCCCCCACCAGCACCUGCCGCACCAGCGUGGGCGUGGCCGUACUGGGGGGCUACCUGUACGCCGUGGGCGGGCAGGACGGCGUCUCCUGCCUCAACAUCGUGGAGAGGUACGACCCGAAGGAGAACAAGUGGACGCGUGUGGCCUCCAUGAGCACGCGGCGGCUGGGCGUGGCCGUGGCCGUGCUGGGGGGCUUCCUCUAUGCGGUGGGGGGGUCUGACGGCACGUCGCCCCUGAACACAGUGGAGCGCUACAACCCCCAGGAGAACCGCUGGCACACGGUGUCCCCCAUGGGCACCCGCAGGAAGCACCUGGGCUGCGCCGUGUACCAGGACAUGAUCUACUCGGUGGGGGGCCGCGACGACACCACCGAGCUGAGCAGCGCCGAGCGCUACAACCCCCGCACCAACCAGUGGUCCCCCGUCGUCGCCAUGACGUCCCGGCGCAGCGGGGUGGGCCUGGCGGUGGUGAACGGACAGCUGAUGGCGGUGGGCGGGUUUGACGGGACCACGUACCUGAAGACCAUCGAGGUGUACGACCCGGACGCUAACACCUGGAGGCUCUACGGAGGCAUGAACUACCGGCGGCUCGGCGGCGGCGUGGGCGUCAUCAAAAUGACUCACUGUGAAUCCCACAUAUGGUAGCCUGCUCCAGCCCGCCCAGCGUCCCCACCGUCCCCUGCUACUGUCACGCCUACUCCCGACCGCCAAGACCACCACCCCCCCAAGCCACCGCCGCCACCACCCCCCCCCCCCACACCACCGCCCCCCCCCACCACCAC